AUGAGCGAUGCAUCAUUAUCAAUGUCAUCAGAUUCCACUAAUAAAAAAGUGAAACGCCCUGAUAGACCGGUCUACAAACCAGGAAUGUUUACUAAACGAACAUUAUCUACAGUAAAUCCUAUUUCGGAGUCUUCUGAAAAACAAAAAAAUUCAAAAGAAAAUAGUAAUGAUGUGUCAAGAAAUGAUUAUAUUGAUGGUGUAAACAGUAAUGGAAAUCAAAAAUCUUUUAAAGAAAAAAGUGAAAAAAAUUCACGACGAGAAUAUAAUAGAUAUAAUUUUAAUGGAAAUAGUGGUAAUAAACGCGGGCCUAGGCAUUCAACGGGAAAUGGUUCUAAUACAAGUCUUAAUUACACUUCUGGUGGAAUGUCAUUAGAUAAUAGUAUGCAAGCUAAUUUAGAUAAUCCCAAAAAAGGCAAUUUUUAUAAUAAUCGUACACAUUCAAAGCAUUCCUACAACCAUCCUGGUCAUUUUCAAUCAAAUACAUUAGGUGGUAAUCGAAAUCAUGGUACUGGAUACAGAAGAAGAAAUAAUUCUAUUAGAUCUAUUAAAUCAGAAAUUGUAUCAAAUUCUAAAGAUGAUGGGACAAAUUUUGAUGCAAAAUCAGUAUGUUCAAGUAUUAUACUUAAUGAAACAGCAUCUAUAUCUUCUUAUACAUGUAAUAAUAAAAUGAAUUAUUAUGCAUCUCAAGCUCCUAGUGUAAAUUCUUUAGCAACAAAUAGAAAAGAAAAUGAAAUAAGUAUGGAUUCAUUAAUGAUGAGUCUUGAAUCAUUUGAUUGGGCUGCUUGCAUGGAGGAAGAAAAUGAAAGACAGAUGCAGGUAACAGGAAGUAAUAAUAGAAUUGAUGAAGUUGAUGAAGAAAAGUACAAAAACGAAAAUGAGGAUACUAAUAAACAAGAUGGAAAUGUUAAGAAGAGUAUCUUUGAAAGAAUUACUGUACUUCCUCAAUCCUCUCUUGAUACUACUAAUGAUUAUUUAAAUAAUAAACAAAAUAGUCAAAAGAAUGAUUGGAGUGGUAGUAGUACAAGAAUAAAUAAAUCUGACUACGAUAAGAGAGGUAGUAAUAGUAAGUUAUCUAAGAAUGAAUUUGGAAGUUGGUCAAGUUUAAAUAGGGAACGCCUUGAUAAAGGAAAUAAAAAUAUUAAAGUAAGAAGUAAAGAAGAUAUUUCACCAAAUAAAAUGAAACCAAAUAAUAAAGCAUUAAAGCCACCACCAUCUCCAAGAAAUGUGGGAUUAAUAAAUAAAGUUGAUGGUUAUAAAUCAGUAACUGGUAUAUCAAUAACUCAAAUAAAAGGAAAACCAUCAAAAACAGUAGUAAAAGGAAAUACUUUAACACAAAUAUCUCCAAGAAAACAAUCAGUAGAAUCAUUAAAUUUACAGGUGACACCUCCAGAAUUUGAUGGAUAUGAAAGAGAGAUUAGUAUGAAUAUAAAAGAAAUAAAAAAUCGACCAAAAGAUGUACUACAAAUAAUACCAUCUUUAAUUAAAAAUACUUUGAGAUUGGCUAAUGAAUACAAAACACAUAUUACACGUGACAUAGAAACAACAUACAAGAAACAAUGGGAAUUAAAAAUGUGGAAAAAUGGUUUUUAUAAAGUAAUAGAUUUAUUUAAACAAACAGAUGUAGAUAAAAAUUUAAAAAGUGAUUUUCAAAUGAUGUAUCAAAAUUUUUUAGAUGCUGCUAUUUUGUAUUACAAAGAAUUGAUAACAUUAUAUGAAAAUACUUAUGGAAUAAGAUUUAAAGAACAAGUACCAUGGCCAUACUCAACAGAUUUAACAAAUGAAACAUUUUUAGAAUGUAUUAUUGUUAAUGAAGCACCAUAUUAUUCUCUUAAAAGUAAAAUACAAAUUACAGCUAUUACCUCUGUUCAAAGACAUUAUUUAUCAUUAAGUGAUCUCUAUAGAUACAAAUGUAUGGCUCAUGGGCUUAAAAGUUAUGAAAAAGCUUAUGAAUAUUGUUGGUUGGCAUCUCAAUUAAGUCCAACUGUUGGACGUUCUUACAAUUCUUUAGGUUUGAUCUCAUUAUACAUGAUCUUACAACGUGAUCCAUUGCGUAGACGUUUGGAUCCCAUCUUUAGACAUUUGUUCAGUAUAAUGGUCAGCAGAGAUAUUCGAGAUCAGGAAAGAUAUUUAGAAAUGAUCUUUUUUUAUAUUCGAUCUUUGGCUGCUCAAUUUCCACAUAAAGGUGCAAAAGAGGCAAUGUUAGGUACAUUUAGUGAUGUUGCUGGAAAAGUAAAAAAUUAUAAUGAAGAAUGUAUGAAUGAAUUAUUUUCUAAACAUUUAGAAUUAAAUCCAAGUAAAGCUUUUGAAAAUGAUAAAGAAAUUUGGAGGUUACCAGAAAUAAGAACAAAUAGUCGUACUUGGUCAUUUGAUUUAUCAAUGGAAGGUAGUUUAAUAAAUGGUGUUAAUGAUUUUGAAAUAAUUAGUAAUCUUCAAAGACUUUCAAGUAGUAAAUUAUACAAAUUUGCCAUAACUUAUCUAGUUCAUUGUGCAGGAAUAUUAAAUUCUAAAAUUGAUAUGGAAUCAUUUGAUUUGUAUGCUGAGAUUGGAUUAAUUUGUAUUAGUGCACUUUUAAGUAGAAAUGAUAGUCCAUUGUCUUGUAGACAAUUAAUUGAAAUUACAUCAUUCUUUAUUUAUUAUUAUUAUACCUCAAAAAAUGAUGAAACAUCAUAUUUACAUGAGCAAAGAUCUCAUAGCCUUCAAAUUAUUAUGAGUCUUUUUGGUAUUUUUUUAAGUGUUUGUUCUGAUAAUAGUAGCCAAUUAUCUUCAUUAAUAGAGUCAAAACAUGAUGAUCUCGAAUCAGUCAAAAAAGUUCUUCCAGUAAUAACAAUAAUCUAUAAUUUUAUAAAAUCAGAUGUAUUCUUAGAAGAUCUAAAAAAAUUCGGUGAAUCAGUUUUUAAGACAAUAAAGACAAAUAAAUUCAAAAUUAAUCUUCUUCAAUAUUUAAUAGAUAUUGGUAAUUUAUUAGUAACAUUAAGAAAUAAAAAUAUCCUUCCAUCAUAUGAACAUUUAGAAAAUAAAGAUAGAAAGCGUAGUUCAACAGAUGGAGUAAUUGUAUCAUUGCCAGAAGAAAUAUUUUUAUUAUCUUUUGACAAAUUAUUUUCACAGAAAAUAAAAGUAUACGAAAUUUAUACACAUGAUGAGGAAAAAAAGAAAGAUAAAAAAGUUCUUGGUAAUAUUGUUAGAUUAAAUAAUAUUUUACAAACAUUAGAAAUGUUGUUUGUUUCUACAAUGGAUUUUAUAAAUUGGGAUGACAAGAAUGAAAGAUAUUGGUUAGUAAAUUCAGAAACAGAUGAAGAAUGUAAAACACCAACUCCUGAAAAAAUUGAAGAAAAUCUAAAUGCUUCCAAUGAUAAUAAUAUGAUAGAAAAUUAUAGAAAUAGAAUUAUUGUAGAACCACAUUAUAUAAUUCCAGAUACAAAUUGUUUUAUUGACUUUAGUGGAACAAUUGAGCAAUUGAUAAGAUCUCGUUACUUUAAAGUUACCCUAUCAUAUACUGUAAUAAAAGAAUUAAGAAAUUUAUCUAAACCUGUUCAUUCAAAGCCUGAAGUACGUACAAAACCAAUAAAAAAAUCUAAUUUAGAAGCAGAUUCUAAUCAUAAUGAAUGGGUUAGAAAGCAAGCAAAAAGAGCCUUGAAAAUGAUAGAUGAAUGGUUUGAAAAAUAUUCAGACUAUGUAAUUUCUUUAACAGAAGAUGGUUUGUUGCAAGAAGAAUUACCACCAUCUUCAACAGUUCUUCCUGUAAUAUCUUCAAUUAAUCAUGGAAUUGUACAAAAAAAUGAUGAUAGAAUUUUACAAAGUGUUAUCAAUUUGGAAAAACAAUUUUCAUUAAACGAAAGCAAAAAAAAUGCUAGCAAUUCAAUUAAAAAUGUUGCUAUGCUUACAGAAGACAAAGCAUUAAGGAUUAAAGCUUGUGCAGAAGGAAUUCCCUGUAAAAGUUUAAGUGAUUUUGUCAUGUGGUUGAGAAUGUAG